AUGGAUUUGGAAGAAUCCCCACUGUCUGGUGUCGAACUCUACAAUGCGCGUAGGGCUCGCUGGCUCACUCCUCCGGCCACGCCACCAACACCAGCCGAACCAACUCCCUCAUCAACGUCCAGGAGACGACUCGAACAGGUUCUCAAUGCUCCCGAUGCCUUAACCAACGACGAUGUCUGGUAUGGCAACAUCGAGAAGAUAUGGAAAGGCCUUAGUGCUGGGGGCCGACUUAAGAGAAGACUACCAAUGCAGCUUGUGGUCAAGAUUGUUCAUGCUGCUUGGCUGAGAGAUAACACUUGGCCGGCCGGUGCUAUCGUCCAAGAGGACGACGAAUUAGACCCUCCUCCAGCCCCGGUAUUGGCACCCACGUCAGCCCCGUCGUCAGGUAUAUCGACGCCAUGGACACAAGUUGAGGAGGGUUAG